AUGGAUAACGGAUUAUGUGUUGAACCCGUUAGCCAGGCCGAGGAUUUGAUCCAGGCUUUCCACUGUGCAAGCGAGGCUUUCGGGCAUCAGGCACAAGAUGCUGUCUGGAUGUCCAUGAACCCGGAGUGGAAUACACCAGAGGGAAAGUCGCGUGGUGCUGUUGCAAUGAUCAAUCGCUGGAACACCAUCACCAAAAACCAGCAUGGUAACCCAAACACCGUUUUCCUCAAAGCCACCUUGCCCACCUCGGAUGGCUGCCGUGUGGUCGCCGGUUUUGCCAUUUGGGUACAGGCUUCAGCAGUGGAAGGCUACGGCGAUAAGCCAGUUAGGAAUGUACACGAAGACCUCCAGCUUGCAUCUCUUUAUCCAGGAAAUGAAUCAGAACAGCGAUACCUCACUCAAGUGAUGACCUCUUUCUUCCGGCGCCGCAAGGAGAUUAUCCAAGAAAAGAGCACUGCAACACCGCCAGCAGUCAUGGUGCUGGAUAUGUGCGCCGUUGAUCCAGCUUAUCAACGAAAGGGAAUUGCACGAGCUCUGGUCCAAUGGGGUCUCGAUGAAGCAAAGCGACGUGGAGAUCUGGAGGCUAUCACGGAGGCAUCUGGUAUGGGACGGCAUGUAUAUGGUCAGAUGGGCUUCAAACCUGUGGGCACUGAUAUUGAGUACAUUGUUGAUUCGGAGUUCGCACACCGCAGCAGGCCUGCCAAUUUAUUCAUGCGGACUCGUGGCGGUGAUCUAUAA